AGUCAUGUCAAAUCAAAAAAGAGGAGUGUAUGAAAAAGGAGCGCAAGAUACAAGUUUCCGUCGUACAUGGGAUAAAGAAGAAUAUGAACGUAGAGCACGUGAAAGGGCACGCUUAGAACGCGAGAGAGAGGAAGACGAAGAUCGUAAACGCAAAGGUCUAAAACCAAAGCAUACUGAUGAUUCUGAAGAAGAACCCGCACGAGAAUUUUUAAGAGCUCGCACGGAGAAAAUUGUUUUAGAUUCGAAUUUGAAUAAAGUUCAGGUAGUGCAAUCUACUAGUAUUGCCUCCAAACAACCUGGCUUUUAUUGCAAGUUAUGUGAUUGCGUUGUUAAAGACAGCGUAAAUUAUCUGGAUCAUAUCAAUGGAAAAAAACAUCAACGAAAUCUCGGUAUGUCAAUGAAAGUUGAGCGAAGCACAAUAGACCAAGUCAAGAAUAAAUUAGCAAGCUUGAAAAAGAAAGAAGAAGCACCAAAAGAAUAUAACCUUGAUGUACAAGUUGAACUAUUACAAAAACAAGAGGAAGAAGAGAAAAAACGAAGGAAGGAACGUAAAAGGGCCAAGAAAAAGGGCGAAUCAAGUAAAAAUGCCGGUAAAGAAGAAGAUAAUCCAGAUGAAGUAGCUGAUCCUGAGAUGUCGGCAAUUAUGGGAAUUACUGGUUUUGGUUCUACCAAAUCUUAAAGGUCUUCCAAUACAUAUACAAGGUUCGUUCAUUAUUUAUAAUGUACGAAAUACUAUAUUUUCUAUUAGUAUUGGCUCGAGACUAAAUAUUUAAAUUAUAGAAUUAUAGAACAAAUAUAUAAUGAAAUUAUAGAAUUUAGGACGUCGUAAUUUUGCUGUAAAGAACGAGUAAAAUGAACAAAAUGGGUUUAGCUAUUACUUUCAUUUUCGUAUGUAUUUAGGAAAUUUGGAUGACAUUGCGUAUUAUUCAUAUACAAUUGACAGAGUCUUUAGGCUUAAAAGAGCGUAUUUGUAAUUUAUGCUAUAAUUAGUUUAUAAUAUUUUGAAAUUUAACAAUCCAUAAUUAUAAUACUAAAGCGAGAUACUAGUAAGUUAUUAAUUAAAAAAAAAAUGAUUUUUUAUUUAAAUUUGAUUCGUAAA